GAGCCGCAGGCAAUUAUGGAGCAGCCCUAUAAGCUGGGUCUGCUGACGGCGGCGUUGCUGCUGCAGCUGCUGCUGCCGGCCAACGCGAGCACCGCAUACUCGAAUAAUGAGAAAAACUUGCUGACCGGGCACUCGACGCCCAUGGAGAGCAGCCUGGCCUUUCAGUUCUUCGACUUGGCCUCGCAACAGGCGGCCGUAGCCAAUAGCACGGGCAUUCAGCUCGCCCGGAGUAGCGAGCCGCGCAGCACCUACGACGACGCCCUGUGCGACAGGGAUGUGGCGCGCAUACGGGACGCCAUCCACAACAUGGAGGAGUGGGCACUCGAAUUUCCGGACACAUGGGGUCGCCUGCCCGUGGGCUUCUUCUGGGGGCAUCUGAUCAGCAUGGGCCAGUACGAGGAGUGCGUCGCAGCCACAGCCACCUACGGCAGUGAACUCAACGGCCAGUACUGCCUGGCACGGCUGAACAUCACCCAGUUCUACAGCAAGGUGAAGCGCCGGCAUGAGGAGUUCUCUCGCAUCAGCUACAAGCAAACAGAUCCUGAGAUCUUUGAGCUGGGCGUCUGCGUGCCGAGCACCUGCAGCGCGGAGAAAACCGACGCCCUGCUGAAGUACGCGAUUGCACACCUCUAUGGCAACGAUGUCAUCGACCUUAGCUUUCCGAUGAUCCAGCAGAAGUGGUGUAAAUACAAUGCGCCCGUCGAGUUCCGCGGAGUGGACAUAUUUGCCAUCGUUUUCUUCUCGCUGAUCAUAUUCUUCCUGCUAGCCAGCAGCGUUUACGACUUUGUGCAGACCCGUAAGGGCGCGCCCAAGAGACCGCUCUUCCUGGCUUUCUCGGUGCUGCACAAUGCGCCAAAGAUUUUCACGGUCAAGAAGGUGAACAAUCCGAAUGUGAUCCACUGCCUGAACGGACUGCGCUGCUUCAGCAUGAUGUGGGUGGUGUUCGGCCACGGCUACAUGACGUUCUACGACCUGCCGCACAUCAACCGCAACAAGUACUACACGUGGCUGCAGACACCCUACUCGAUGCUCGUGCAGAACGGCUCGCUCUGCGUGGACACGUUCUUCUUCAUGUCUGGCCUGCUGAUGUGCUGGGGCGCCUUCCGGGAGAUGGACCGCACCAAGGGCAAGCUGAAUAUUCCAAUGAUGUACUUCCAUCGCUACAUCCGCCUGACGCCGGUCGUCGCUGUGGUCGUCCUCUAUAUCAUGUCGCUAUAUCGCUACUCCGGCGCCGGACCCAUGUGGUUCAAGCUGGGCACCCAGGAUCAGCGCUGUGCGGAUACCUGGUGGGCCACACUGCUCUACGUGCAGAACUACGCCUUCCCGUACAGCAUAUGCGUCUCGCAGUCUUGGUACCUGGCUGUGGACACCCAGUUGUACUUCCUCUCGCCGCUGUUCCUUAUACCGCUGUAUAAGUGGGGCAAGAAGGCGCUGAUACCCAUUGGAAUAUUCGGUAUACUCUGUCUGGGCUGUACGGUGGCCACAUUCCUGCACAACGACUUCACUCUGUUCCGCGUGCAGGACGAUCAUGUGGAUCUACGCCAGCGCUUGACCUACUAUCCGACGCAUACGCGCAUUCCGACAUGGCUGAUCGGCGUCAUCUUCGGCUACUUCCUGUUCACGCGCAAUCGGGGACGACAGAUCCCGCUGGCCAGGCACUGGGUGAUCACUGGCUGGGUGCUGGCCUUUGGCACGAUGCUGGCGGAUAUGUGGGGUCCCUUCUGGCGAAUCCUGCCCGACACGCCCGACUCUCCACUCAUUGAGGGCGCCCUGUUCGAGCCGCUCAGCCGCAGCUCUUGGGCCUUGGCCAUCGGCUGGAUUGUGUGGGCCUGCUACAAUGGUCAUGGCGGCCUCAUCAAUGACUUCCUCUCGUGGAGCUUCUUCACGGGCUUCAGUCGGCUGUGCUACUGCAUGUACGUCAUACACAGAAUCGUGCAGCUCGUGAACGCCGCCCGACUGCAAACGGACACCCACUUCUCCGACUACGAUGCGAUUUUGCGCUGGUGGCACGACUUCGGCAUCACACUCACCCUCUCCAUCUUUGCGACGCUCGCCUUUGAGGCCCCCAUUCUGGGCAUUGAGAAGGCUAUAUUCGGACGCAGCGACGCCAAGCCGGCGCCCAAGAAGCCAGCCGCCGUCGAAAGCGAAAAGACGGCCCCCAUCAUCGAACAAUCCGCCGACAUAGCUCCAGCCACGAAUGGGGCUGAGCAAGUGCCAGAAGUUGAGCCCAUAGCCAGCAGAGCUGAGGAUCCAUCAAAGGCCUAAUUUAAACUCGCUAACUCAGUUUUUGUUAAGAAUGAAAAUAUAUUUUUUUGUAUAUAUUGUUAUUUAUAAUAAUAUAAGAGGCACACAUUACCCGGCGUUGGCCGGGCUAACUGGCAGCUUGAAUAAAAAUCAAAUUUAAU